AUGUGGAAUGCGAAAGUCUUUUUGAAUGUAAUUCUCUGGCUCUCGUUUCUGCAGAGCGUUGCAUUGGGAAGUAAGAAAUACAUUGUAAGUUCGACCACGUGUAAGAUCGAAGAUGCGGAUCCCUUCGAUGCGGAGGUGAAGAAGAAUUUCGUGCGCUACAAGUAUAACCGCUGCUCUGCCCUGCAGCCUCUGACUUGGGUGGCAUACAACGAGAGCGUGCGGCGCUAUCAACUGUACGUCAAUUGGGAUGGCUUCAAGGAGUACUUGAAGUUGGACCUGGAUCUGACAGUUCCCUUGUCCGGGCCGCCCAAAUGUUGCUACAUGGCCGUGGAACGGCAAGCUGAGCUCAUUGACUUCGGCAAGCAUUGCCAGCAGUUUGCCAGUGGCGCCCAGCUGCCCGAUUCGACAAUUGGUUUCAUCGUGCGUUGCUAUGCGCAAGGCAAGCGCAUCUAUACGAAUGCACAUGCGACUGUGCCCGAGCAGCGAGAGGUACGGGAGCGCCUGACGCAGUGGGCAGAUCAACGUGGAGGCGAACAGCCAGCGCUCAGUGUGCUCCUGAUUGGCUUGGACAGCAUCUCCCGCCAGCAGCUGAUCCGUGCAAUGCCCAUGACCAAGCAGCAGCUCGAUUCCAGUGGCUGGUUCGAACUGGCAGGCUACAACAAGGUGGCAGGCAAUACAGUGCCCAAUUUGCUAGCUCUAACCACCGGCUACAAUCGUACCAGCGCCAUCUCCUUCUGCGAUCCACGCGAGGAGCUCGGAUUGGAGCGCUGUAAAUUCAUCUGGAAGCUCUACAAGCAGUUGGGCUAUGUGACGGCCUUCGGAGAGGACGAGACCCUCAACAACACAUUCAAUCCGAACUUGAAGGGCUUUCGCGAUGCGUCCGUGGAUUACCAUCUGCAUCCGUAUCUGAUGGCGGCCAAUCAGUGGCUGCACGUUAAAACUGAGGACUCUCAAACUUGUCUGGGCUUCCGUCCUUCGGCGGAGCAUGUUUAUGAGUAUGCUCUGGAAUUCGCACGUCGCUACCUCAACGACAGCUUCUUCGGCUUGUUCUGGACGAAUAUGCAUAGCCAAGGGGACAGCAUCUCCCGCACCGCUCUCAGGGAUGAGUAUAUGCUCGAGUACCUCAGCCGUUUGCGGAAUCACGGCAUUCURAAUCGGAGCAUUGUGAUCUUUCUAAGUGAUCAUGGUUUAAGGGCCGGUCCGACAUGGCAGACACCGCUUGGUUGGCUGGAGGAUCGUUUGCCGUUCCUAUACAUAUGGCUGCCGCUUCAUCUGCAAGAAUCCCAUCCAGAAUUUGUGAAGGCUUUGAAAGUGAAUCGGAAACGUUUGACAAGUCCAUAUGAUUUGUAUGCCACAUUGAAGCACAUACUCCGCAUAGGGAGUCAGAAUCAUUUAGACGAGCUGCUGGGCGACUCCCUGGACUGCCCCAAUUGCCAGAGCGUCUUUCUGCCAAUUUCCAGCAAUCGAACCUGCUCGGAUGCUGGCAUCUCGGAUCAUUGGUGUGCCUGCAGAUCGUACAAUAGAUACAAAAGAUUUUUGGAGAGGGAUUACUUAAUGGCCGCCCUGAUGGUGCAGCAUGUGAAUAAUAGGUAUGAUAGCUAUGCGAGUAGGAAAUUCGCCGGUCGCUGCCAGCCCCUUACUUUGGCUAACAUCACGAAAGCCUAUUUGGGGAGGCCUCAUAAAGCGGAUAGGUCAGGCAUUUCCCUCCAUCGUAUACAGGUUAUGAUGGCACCCACGCUUUCCACUUAUGAGGGAACCAUAUUGUUCAAUAACAGCUCCAAAGAAAUGCAGAUCUCGGACAUUAGUCGUAUGGACAAAGUAAAGCCCAGCUGCCUUGGCGAACAAUUUCGAAUUGUAAUUUGCAGUUGUCGAUAA